CUUCCGGCCGCCCCCCGACGGCGGCGGCCGGCCCCGAGGCCCGCGCCCUGCCUGAGGGUUCUGCCCGCCUCCCCCGGGCCCGGCCGGGCCGUCCAGCGCGAGGCGGCCGCGCGAGCCCCCGGCGCAUACCCGCCCAGCGGCGCCGGGACCGCAGCCGUGUCCUGCGCGCGUCAUGGCGGCGUGCAGUGGGGCUGCCCUGCUACCGACCUGCCGCGCCCCGGAAGGACAAGAGGGUGCUGGGAAGAUGGCGGCGGCAGCGAGCGAGGUGGCGGCGCCUCCGGUGUGCGUGCUGGUGCUGGGCAUGGCCGGCUCCGGGAAAACCACCUUCGUGCAGCGACUGGCGGCCCACCUGCACGGGCAGCGCUGCCCCCCGUACGUGAUCAACCUGGACCCCGCCGUACACGACCUGCCCUUCCCCGCCAACAUCGAUAUCAGGGACACUGUGAAGUACAAAGAAGUCAUGAAACAAUAUGGGCUGGGCCCAAACGGUGGAAUAGUGACCUCUCUCAAUCUCUUUGCUACAAGAUUUGACCAGGUGAUGAAGUUUAUUGAAAAAAGACAAAAUGCUUCCAAGUAUGUUAUUAUUGACACACCAGGGCAAAUUGAGGUCUUCACCUGGUCAGCAUCAGGAACCAUCAUAACUGAGGCCUUGGCUUCCUCUUUUCCUUCAGUUGUUGUUUAUGUGAUGGACACCUCUCGCAGUACUAACCCUAUCACCUUUAUGUCCAACAUGCUCUAUGCCUGCAGUAUCCUGUACAAGACGAAACUACCUUUCAUUGUUGUCAUGAACAAAACUGAUAUAAUUGACCACAGUUUUGCAGUGGAAUGGAUGCAGGACUUCGAGACUUUUCAGGAUGCCCUGAAUCAGGAGACAUCCUAUGUCAGUAAUCUGACUCGUUCUAUGAGUUUAGUGUUGGAUGAAUUUUACAGUUCGCUGAAGGUGGUCGGUGUUUCUGCUAUGCUCGGCACAGGCCUGGAUGAUUUUUUUGUUCAGCUUUCUAAAGCUGUAGAUGAAUAUGAGAGAGAAUAUCGCCCAGAAUAUGAGCGCCUGAGAAAAACACUGGAGAAAGCUCAAAAUAAACAAAAGAGAGAGCAGCUGGAACACUUGUGGAAGGACAUGGGCAGCGUGUGCAUGCAGGGCAACACACUUGUAGGUUCUGAUGAUGCUUCUGCAAUGGGUCCCUCUGAGCUGAUCCUAACACGAGGAACUCUUGAUGAGGAAGAAGAGGAGAGGGAGAGCGAUACUGAUGACAUUGACCAUGAAGUUACUGAGGAGAGUCAUGAAGAACCAGCCUUCAGAAACUUUAUGGAAGAGACGCGGAUGAAAUAUAAGAGAAGCAGCAACCCGAAUGAACAAGACCUUCAGAAAUAGAGGGUUUGGAAUCCCUUGUAAUGGAGCUAAAAGUAAAGGAACUGCGUGAAGAAACUUGUGAGGAACCAUGUAUGAAGUCUUCUAUCUGUGAACAGCUUCCUCUGAUAUGUUUGUAUCUUUCUUCCUGCAGUAACUGUUGGGCAUAUGAGUUAAAGGUCUUGUAUCCAACUGACUGCUCAUUUGGCCAUCUGCCACAGUGAUUUCCUGAAGCUGAAGGAACCAGUUAGCACUUUCUUUUGCACCAAAUUCUUUAGAUGUGCCUGUUGAGAGCUUAGAAUUUGAGCACUGACAGCAUUAUCAUCUAGAGUACUUGCUGGUCUCCAAAAGUGCUUUCUGUUCACCUUGUGCAGACAGGUGCCUGCUGCAGCCAGGACACAAGUGAAACCUCUGCUGAGUGAAACGUCAUCGAUCUAGUGUUUGAUAUUUUGUGUUUAAUUAAAUAUAUUUUAUGUACUAACAAAUGUGUGACAGUUAAUAGCAGGAGAUUUCAUUUCACUGGUUCAUUUCACCGUGAGACUUUUUUUCUAUGCUUACAGCCCACCUGUAUGGAUGCACAGCAAAUGCAUCUUAAUUAUAUUACAUAGACAGAAUACAGAUUCCUCCUACGAAAAUCCUGAGUAAAGAAAGUUCCCAAGAGGGAAAAUAAUUAAAAGAAUCUGGCUUGAUUUGGCUGAGAACCAAAGCAUGCAUGGCUUUGUACUGGCUGCAUACAUCUGUAGGUAACAUAAAACAAAGGCGUUUCUGUGGACGAGUGCUUAACGCCAAAUGUAGACAAGGACUUGGAGACUAGCUAAUACUGAUUUCCCUGGUAGGCACCACAGGCGCAGAUGUUCACUUGCUGUUGACUGUUCUAAACUCUGGAAUCUUUGUUUUCUUUCCCUCCACACAAUACUGUGGCCUCACUGGAGAGAUUUCUCGGCGGGAAUCUGGCAGCAGUGUCUGCUAGCACAAGUUCUGUAGGUUUGUGGAAAACCAGUUUGUGUGAAUUUUAAAAGUAUAGCUAGCAGGGAAGGGAAAUUAACAGCCCUGCCAGCUGUGAUAUGCUUACUGCUUUAUUAAUGUAGAGUGUUGAGAGAUAUUAGUUGUUUAGCUUAAAUAAGUAAGUUUUAAUGAGAAUGAAUUACUUAGGGUUAUACCAUGAUGUGAUUUAUGCUGUUUGCUUAGCUUUAGUUAGCAUAAGUAGCUAGAUUUGAUGAAGCCUUUAGGCUGCAAUAGAGUUAAUUUUCUUAGUAAUUUUCCCUGCAAAUGGUAUGGUGCUGUGUUUAGUCUUUUAGUAUAAGAAAAAUGAUGAUAACACACUGAUGUUUUGGCAGUGUUUUCCCUAAGUCCGGGACUUUUCAGUUCCCCAAGUUCUGCCAGCGAGUGCAGGUGCACAAGAAGUAUAAAGCAGAAGAUAAGGACGUGAAAACUGUCAGCAGAGAUUGUGAACCACCAAGAUAAGAGCAGUCAACUGCCGGCCUGGGCCCAGAAAAGGAAUCCAAUACGGUCGUAGAAGAACCCAGACCAAAAAUCGCCAUUGGACUAAAAGACGUGUGAACAGUGCAUUAGAAGCAGGUGUAGAGAUCGCAAGGGUAUAAUUGCCUGGGGAUUUCUUUGUUCCAGGUCCCUCCCUUUUUGGAGGCACCCAUCCUGGGCUGACCUUGCUGCUGUACCUUUCAAUUAAAUUAGUUAUUUUUAUAAAAUCUGAUGCUUGAGACUCUACUGCAGGAAAGCUGGAGUCGAGCCUGAAGAAGGAGGGAGUGCACCCGAGAGUAAGUGCGUGUGAGUCAUCAAAAGGGGCACCCGUCAGCCCGCUGGGGUCCCCCGCUGCGAAGGGACCCUGGUCCUGGCAGUUACAGACUCUGGUCACGUGUGUGAAACUCCCUGAACGUGACGCCCGUCCACAAGAAGGGCCGCACAGAGGAUCUGGGGAAUUACAGGCCUGUCAGUCUGACCUUGGUGCCAUGGAAGGUUAUGGAGCAGAUCAUCCUGAGUCCCAUCAUGCAGCACGUAGAGGACAACCAGGCCAUCAGGCCCCGUCAGCAUGGGUUUACAAAAGGCAGGUCCUGCCUGACUGACCUGAUCUCCUUCUGUGACAAGGUGAUCUGCUUAGUGGACAAGGGACAGGCUGUGGAUGUUGUCUACCUAGACUUCAGUAAAGCCUUUGGCACAGUUUCCCACAGCAUUCUCCUGGAGAAACUGGCUGCCCGUGGCUCGGAUGGGCGUACCCUUCGCUGGGUGAAAAGCUGUCUGGCCGGCCCGGCCCAGAGAGCGGUGGUGAAUGGAGUUCAGUCCAGUUGGUGGCCGGUCACAGCGGUGUUCCCCAGGGCUCGGUGUCGGGGCCAGUUCUGUUUAAUGUCUUUACCGACGACCUGGAGGAGGGGAUCGGGUGCACCCUCAGUCAGUUUGCAGAGGACACCAAGUUGGGCGGGAGUGUCGGUCUGCUGGAGGGUAGGGAGCCUCUACGGAGGGAUCUGGACAGGCUGGAUGGAUGGCCCAGGGGCAAUGGUGUGAGGUUCAACAAGGCCAAGUGCUAUGGGGAUGUACAGGGCAGGGCUUGG